CGAUUUGCAUGAUGGGAAAUAUUCGUCAGUUCGCCAUCAUUGCGUGAUACAAGCUAGCAAACAGCAAACAACAGCUUUCGAGUGAUAAUUACUAUAAAAUCACAACCGUUUAAGUUGCUACCUUUGUUAAUUUUUAUCAACAAUAACUCACGAAAGGGCGUUCGGUGCACAAUUCCAGAUACUGCCCACGCAUAAUUGUUACUAGCUGGUUAGUGCUCGACGAGUGGAGUGGUUAACAUGGGCCGUUCUCGAAGCCGAAGUUCAUCCCGCUCCAAACACUCUAAAAGCAGCAAACACAGUAAGAAAAGGAGUCGGUCACGGUCCAGAGACAGAGAGAGGCCAAAGAAGCGCUCCAAGUCAAGAGAAUCUAAGAGGAACAGGCGCAGGGAUUCUCGUUCUCGUUCCCGUUCUGCCACAACCUCAUCUCGCAGGGAGAGAGCGGCAUCCCCGCCGGAGCGUAUCGACAUUUUUGGAAGGACAUUGAGCAAGAGGAAUGCCCUAGACGAAAAGCAGAGGAAGGAGGAGGAGGAAAGAAAAGCUGAAAUGGAACGGCAAAGAAAAAUUCGCCAGCAGGAGAUUGAAGAAAAACUUAUAGAAGAAGAAACAGCUCGGCGCGUAGAAGAGCUGGUGGCCAAGCGGGUGGAAGAGGAACUGGAGAAGCGUAAGGAUGAGAUCGAGCGGGAGGUGUUGCGUCGCGUCGAGGAGGCGAAGCGCAUCAUGGAACGACAGCUGCUGGAGGAGCUGGAAAGACAGCGACAUGCUGAGUUGGCAGCACAAAAGGCUAGAGAGGAGGAAGAAAAAUCAAAGCGGGAGGAGCUUGAAAAAAUUUUGGAGGAGAAUAACCGUAAGAUUGCAGAGGCUCAGGCAAAACUGGCUGAAGAUCAGUUGCGCAUAGUGGAAGAGCAGAGGAAAAUUCAUGAAGAACGCAUGAAACUGGAGCAGGACCGACAGAGGCAGCAGAAGGAGGAGCAGAAAAUCAUCCUUGGCAAGGGCAAGUCCAGACCGAAGCUGUCCUUUACCCUCAAGGCCACUGAAUGAAGGAAUGCUCCCCUUCAUCCCUAUCCUGCUCGGCUCCUCAUCAACUCCACUCCUGUGUCGGCUGCUCGCUUCAUUUUGGAAGUGCUGAACAAAGGAUAUGAAAAAGUGGUGCAACCCAGUGUUUAAACUUGCAAACCCAAUGAAGGUCUGGAUUUUCCCUCCUUGCAAGGAAGAAAAAUUAGACCUUGAUGGACCUGACUACACCCUGUCUCACUCCAUUCUUUUCUUUCCUGAUACACUUCAAACUAAAAUUUGUGCUUUUGUCACUUUUAUUUCAGUCUUUUAGGGAAUAUCAACUUUCGAUAUAGAAUGCUUUAACCCUUGCUGUAAAAUAAGUCUUAACUCAGUGUAAUGAAAACCAGUACUCCUCACAUCUACAUUGGCAGUGAAUGGAGUACAAUGCAAGUGAGUCCCCGAUGAAGAAUAAUAAUUGAGGUCAAAUUCAGAUUACAAAAAAUGUCACGUGCAGUUUGUGACCUGGACUUAGGUUUUCCAUUUUUGUUUUAACCUUAAAAAUGUACUUUGGCAACAAAUCACAGCAUAGCCUUGAAAAACAUAGUUAUUUUGUUUCCUGCCUUCACUAUUUUCUGUAUACAUUUGGUUUGUCCAUGUCAAGUUAACACUGGUCUUGUUUGUUGUAGUACACGCAUGGAUGUUGGUUGAGAGCAACCUCAUUGGAUUUCAUUCGGUACAGGUAAAAUGAAGCCUUUUUCCUGAGCUGUCCGUGACCAACCCUUAGAACCAAUGGCGGAUUUUAUCUCUUUCCUCUCUUAUGUAAGGACUAUGAUCAGUGGAGAAUGGACUGUUCUGUAUGAUGUCACAUUGUGAAUCCUUGCUGUGAUGUACUGACUUCUACUGAACCUUUCAGGUUUUAUAACAAUCCGCAAUCAUCGAACAGAUCCCAGUAAUAACUGCAAAUGUGUUUUUUUUAAGGGUGGGGGCUUGUUCAGAAAUGUCAAACUGUAUCUAUCAUAUGUUCUUUAGCCCUGUAAUUGUAAAUUAAUGUGACAAGAUGCAUCCCUUGGUAAGUCUGGAAAGGUAGAGGAUGGCCAAAUCCAGGUAAGAUAUGGAUUGAGGUCAGUGAGUGCUGUGUGUGUUUGUGUGCAUGCGUGUGCGCUUGUGUGUGUGUUUGUGUGCGCGCGUGACGAGCUGACCUCAUGUGGGUAUAUUGAUUUAUGUGAGUUUCCUCGUGUAGCUUUUUCAGUUGUCACAAGACUUAACUAAUAAAUCCAUUGAGACAUCAGAA